UCAAACGCUGCAAAGUAACGAAGCGCAAAUUCCAAUUAGUAAACGCAAACAAACUAACAUUAACUUUCGUUUAAUAAAACUUUAAUUAAAAAAUUACGAAAUAAGGAUUUUGCUUGGAGUUUGGAGCUUUAAAACACAUAUACACUUUACAAGUUGGAAAUGUUCACAAAAACAUUGAUAAUGGCAUACGCCGUUAUUGUGGUAGCAGGAAAUCCUUUACCAUAUAAUGAAAUUUAUCAAAGGUGUUGUUUACCUUCUCCCACGUGUAUGAACCCUUGUCCACCACCUUUGUAUCCUCAACAGACAUCUUGCUGCAUGCCUUCUCCUGAAUGCUCAAACCCAUGCUAUGGUUCAAUGGUUAUUCAGCCGCAACCGGCUAUGCCAUUGGCAUUUAGAAAGUCUCCUAAACAACCUGUUGUAUAUGCGCCACUACCAGGGGAAAUUGUUUUUAAACUUCUGCAGAAUUGGGACCCUGAACUUCUAGAUAACCAAUCACCGAGUUUCCAGAUUCUUGAAGGAAACAUUCGAUCAGCCGUUCAAGCUGUGCUUGGUCCAUCAACUCAAGUUACAAAUAUAUAUUUUAGGGAAGGGUAUGUACCUGGAAAUCCACCAAGUCGACCAAAGACGGUAGCACAUAUGAUGGUUAAUGGCGGGUCAGAUGCUGCAUCUAUGCUUGAACACGCAGUUACUCCCGAUGGAUCAUUGGGAGAUGGGCUAAAAGUAUACAAAGAUUCUUUUAAUGCAUACUAAUAAAACACUAUUCUUCACGCGAAAACAAAGAGUACAUCAAGUACGAAGUUAAUCAAGGUUUAAUGAAUUUAUGAAACCUCAAACAAAAAUGAUCUUUAAACUUCAAGCCUAACAAACAUUAUUAAUGUACAUAAAUUUUAAAAAACAAUGUACACCUUUAAAGAUUAGCGCCACGAUAUUUUAUAAAUAUUAUUAAAAUAUAGAACAAAAAUUUUUUAAUAAAUUAUUUAAAAAAGAA